UAGCGGCGUACGGUCUCCUUCCUGUCAACGCCGCACGCGUGUGGGUCAACGCCACAUUGUAGUCCUCGCUUUUUAUUAUUAUAAUGGAAUUAAGUCAGCAAGUACCGCGCAAAAGUUUUAUAUGUUCAUUCUCUGACUGUCAUGCAUCGUACAACAAAGCAUGGAAACUAGAUGCUCAUAUUUGCAAGCACACAGGGCUGAAACCAUUUGUGUGUGAACAUGACGGCUGUGACAAGUCAUUCUGCGACAAGUACCACCUAGCUCGGCACCAGUUGAGCCACAGUGGAGAGAGACCCUUUAGAUGUACAGUAGAUGGAUGCACAGAGGCCUUCACCACAAAUUACAAUUUGAAGAAACAUGUUAAUCGCAAACACAACCAUGAUGAGGAGAAACUGUAUGAAUAUGUGUGUAGCUUUGAGGGAUGUGGGAAAGUGUUCAGGAAGAACAAUCAGCUCAAGUCACAUGAGUGCCAGCAGCACACCAAACUACCUCCCUUUCACUGUACCUUUGAGGGCUGCGAGAAACAAUUCACUUUCCCCAACAAACUACGGCUUCACGAGAAGGUGCACAGAGGCUACCCCUGUGAAAAAGAUGGCUGUUCUUUCAUCGGAAAGACCUGGACUGAGUAUACUAACCAUAGGAGAGACGUACACAGAGCCCUUUUUCAGUGUAAUGAGUGCAACAAGGUGUUUCGCGACACCUGGUUCCUGAAGCAGCACCAGCGUGUCCACGCAGAGGAGCGCCAGGUGUUUAUCUGUCCCAGGGAGGGGUGCCAGAGGUCCUUCACUACGCCAUUCAACCUGCAAAGCCACAUCGGCUCUUUCCAUGAGGAGCUACGGCCUUAUACCUGCCCCCAUGAAGGCUGUGGAAAGACCUUUGCCAUGAAGCAAAGCUUACAACGCCACAGUGUUGUCCACGAUCCAGAAAGGAAGAAACAGAAGAAACCCCGACCCAAGCGAUCCCUGGUUUCCAGACUGAGUGGUUACAAGCCCAAGAAUAACAGUCGUCCAAAGCCCCAUGCAGCUUUGCAAUCAGAAUCCAUUGCAAGGGGUGGACACAGGAUGCACAUGGCAGCUCUUCCAUAUUGGAUGACUUUGGGUUUGGAAAGAAUUCCUGUCAGCACCUCUGUUGCACUAUCUGCUCCAGGGUUGUGUCCUGCCGUCAAAAUCACAAAAGUAUGGAAUGCGUUUGGGUCUUUGCGUGUCAAAAAAGAUACAUGUCAAAUAACACUUUGACGCAUUAAAUAAGAUUUUAAUUUGACACGUCAAUUAAUAAGUAAAUUCUAUUAUUUGCACGUGCAAGCCAAGCGCCACCACUACUAUCAGUAGCACUGUCAAAGUUGUACAAAAAGAGUCUGCAAACAAGCACACGCAGGCCGAGAACGAUGCGUUUACAAGUACCGCGUUAGUAAUAAGGCAUUAUUUGUUCGACUGCUACUUCUGGGAUAGCUAGCUAGAACCAAUACAACCAGCCUGAAAACAAUGACCAGUAGAAACUGCAGUCACUUAAAUGAUUUUUAACAAUGAUUUAGGAAUCCUUGUAAGUAUUAGCUUCGGUAUCCAAUUGUUCGCCUAUAGCCAACUACUUAAUUAACCCUGUUGCCCAAAGCUAAUGUUAUAAGCAGCCAGCUAGUUUAAUAAUCUGGCUAGUAAGGCUCAACCGGACCGGGGUAUGUGUUGUGAAGCUAGCCACAAUAGGAUUAGGCACAAUAAUGGAAUAUGCUGUUUGCCUUCAAAAUAAAAGUACCUCUGAAAGUGAUGCAGAAGGUUACAAUUGGUGGAAUUAAUCAUAUCUAGUCUAAUAUUUAGACUAGAUAAUGUUAAACAAGUUUGGAAUGUGAAGCAAUGAAAUGGGAUAUCAGUCUACUCGGUGACACCCACAUAACACAACCGUGAAGAGUUUACGCAAAUAUUAGCGUUGUAGCUCUUAUCGUGUGACUGAAAUCACCUCCCCGGUCAGCCUAUUGUGUGUAUUGAAAUUCAUAUUGCUCUGUAGAGCUUUACCUAAGGAUUGGGGAUCAAUGAAAUUGGGGAUCAGUUUACUCAAUACCCAAUAUAUUUUUUUCCCAACGUCCUCGAGUUAUCAGACUCCAAAACAUCCAUGCAGUAUUGUUUCUCCUAGGGAAUAAUGUUCAAUACACAUAGGAGGUUGACAAUAAAUGUGGCUCAAUUCAGUUGUCUCGCAAUAAGAGCUACAAUGCUAAUGUUCUCUGGGUGUCACGGAGUAGACUGAUACCCCAUGCCAUUGAUCUACAAUCCAUAGGUAAGGCUGUACAGUGAAACAAGUAUACCCCCAAUGCAAGUCUAAUACAUCCAGUGUGAUUUCAAAAGAUUUGUCAAAUUAUUGUAUUUUGUUGAUUUUAUAUAACAUUCCAACCUCGUGCAUAAUGAUCUAUUCAAUUAUGGAAUAAUUAUACAACUUGUAUUCAUUUGUGUCACUGUCAAUAACACUUUAAUUUUGAAGGCUAACUGCAAAGUCCACUAUUGUGGCUAAUCCUUAUUGUGGCUAGCUUCACAGGUGGGUCUCGACCACCAUUAAUCAAUAAGAACGGUUUUAUAAAUAAGGGUUAUUUUCGAUGACGCCUAGCUAUAGAUACUGAAACAGAUGUCGUUUUGCUAUGUUUUUGGGGAAGAACAUUGUUUGCGUCAUCAGCUAGCUAGCUUUUUUUAAUGACCAGCACUGUAGGUGCGCGAGACAAAUUUACCAGCAUCAGAGCAUACGUAUUGAUGAACCGUUGUGACAUAUCAAACACAAUUGAGUGUAAUGGAUGUGUAAUAACUACAUACAAAAUUAAUGAACGUGUUAAAUUGUGUAACGUGCAGUCAUAUUCAGGUCCUGAUUGGUCAACAAGCUUAUUUGACAUGUUAAAUAGUGUUAUUUGACGUGUAUCUUUUUUGACACGCGAAGACCCAAACAGCGCUCCAUAUAGAAAUACAACAUUAACAUUUGGCUUAUUCCGCAUUUGCACAUCUCAGGAAAAUCAACAUGGAGUCCUUGUACAGACAAUAGGGCACACUCCUUUUUCUGUCCACAAGAAUACUUAUUUAUUUAUGCAUGUCUGAGCCUAGUUUGUUGCUAACGAUUCUCUUUGUUCUGCCAAAGGAAAGUUGUUGUACAUAUACAGAAUUGAAUGUGUAUUUUUGCAAUAAAAAGAGACUUAAAACCAA